GGGCCGCCCGGCGGCGCCGCCUCCGUGGUCCCGAAACCGCGGAAAUUCGCCCCGGAACCGGCGCCCCACGCGCAGAGCCGCAGCGGGCGGGCGACGGGGACAUGGCGGCAGGCAGGCAGCCAGCCCAGAGCGCUGCCGGCGGCGGCCGCCCGCGCACGGAGAGGCCGCAGUGACGCCUCGCCGCCCCGAGGCCGCGGGGAUGGACGCGGAGCGCGCUGCCGGCCGGGACAGCGCCGAGGGAGGAAGAGGAGGAGUGCGUGACUUCGUGUCUGCCCUUCCUCCCGAGAUCAGCUCCCGGAUUUUCAGCGGGCUGGAUGUGGAGAGCUUGUGCCACGCGUCCGUGACGUGCAAGGGCUGGCACCGCGUCAUCGAGAGCAACGAGCGGCUGUGGCGGCACCACUGCCUGGCCGUGCGCGCCGUCUGCCAGCGGGAGAUCGACUGCGACCGAGGGAACGGCUUCUCCUGGAAGAUUACACUGUUGAGAAACUACUGGAAAAGCAAAGUGAAGCAAGAAUGGCUUAGUGGGAAAUACAGCAACAUUCCUUCUCAAUUCAGUUUGCCAGAGAAAAGCAUGUAUCCAAUGGACGUCGACACGUGGGGAGAGAUCUUGGAAGCAGAACUUGAGAGAUGAUAAACCAGUGCUGAUUCUUGCAACUCAGACAGUUUUUGCCAAUAGCAGUCGCACUGUUCAGCAGUCGUGAAACUGAUUUUGAACUGAUUAUGAAUUUAUGAUGAAAACUUCUGCAAAAAAAAAAUUAUGGGUGUCUUUUUUUAAUUUGCAUUUUACUGUAUUAAUUUUAUGCAAAAUUCUAAAGACAACUAAAUCUUCAAUUGUAAUUUAUAUUUAUAAAUUUAAUUUUCUGCUGCACUGUCAAAAAUAUGCUGAUUACCAUUUCAGUUUGCACUUUUUGUUUUGGAAGAGAUGAUUUUUAUAUUAAAAAAAAAAAAAAAAACAACCCCUAAAACCGCCCAAGGUGUGUUUGACCUUUUGACAUGAUAUGUAUCAGCAGCACACGAGAGCCCACAAAGGAAGGCUGGGGAAGGGACAAAUCCAGACACUGGAAAGAAUCCUCUGGGCAGCAACGCUCCAUUCCCCUCUGAGCCCAGCCCCUCGCUAAAACCUCACUGUAUCUCUGCCUUUUCCAAGGGAAAAAAACCCUGACCUAUGAGAGUGCACCCCCUCCCCCUUGGCUACAUGUUUUGUCUCUCUUAACUACCAUCGUUAUCAUUUCUUAGUCAAUAGAUGGGAGAAAAUUCCAUGAGAAUAAAAAGGGAAAAAAAAAAAAAGAAAAAUCCUAACCUCCAACGAGUGUAACUCAGAGUAAAGCGCAUUCCUAAAUAUAGAGGAUGUAGCAAAAAGAUCAAUGAGUUGCAAACACUGCUUCUGCUGUUGUUAGCUGUUCUGCUCCAAGACUGCAUCUAGGUAGCGCAAAUUAAAAAAAUUAAAACCAACACAAAAAGGCACACCCGAGCACAUUGAGGGUACUGCUUCACUCCCUUCUCACAGCAUGUUUUACCCUGACUUAAGAGAGCUAGAAGUGCAAAAAGUGCGUCUAAGUUAAUAAAGAAAACAAUUCUAGCAGUACAU